AUGGCGUACUCACGGAAGCUAGCGCCCCUAGCUGUGGCCUUAGCAACCAUCGCCCUGCUGGUGACGCCCUGCGCGGCGCAGAGCUCGGUGCAAGACGAGGUCGUCAACCUGCACAACAAGGAGCGCGCCGACGUGGGUGUCAAGCCCGUGUCGUGGAAUGAGAGCCUGGCCACGUACGCGGAGAGCUACGCGGCGACGCGCCAGGACGACUGCAAGCUGAAGUUCUCCGGCGGGCCCUACGGCGAGAACCUCUUCUGGGGCCCCGCCGGCGGCACCAACUAUACGGCCGCCGACGUCGUGGGUUCGUGGGUGUCCCAGAAGAUGUACUACGACCACGCCAGUAACACCUGCGCAGCAGGAAAGAGGUGCGACUAUUACACGCAGGUGGUGUGGCGCGGCACCACCAGCAUCGGCUGCGCCGCCGUCGUCUGCAGCAACAGAGGCGGCGUCUUCGCCAUCUGCAGCUACAACCCGCGGGGCAACCUCGACGGCCAGAGCCCGUACUAG